AUUAUAACCCUCACAACGCUGCUGGGCAAAAAGUAGCAUUAGAAUAUUACAAGCUUGCGGCCGGUAAAUUAGGGGCUGACAAGUGCCCAGCAAUUCCGGCCGGUCCGCAGCCUUUAGAGACGACCAAGGCUAUCACCGUUAUAACAACAAUCGUCAGAAUGAUUCAGACACGCCUUCUCGGUUGUAGCACAGCCGGAAGCGUAAGGCGGAGUUGUCCCACGGGCCUAAGACACUUGCAGCAGGCAACCAUCUCAAAGUUCCACACCCUCAGUCACCAGCCAACAAGGCGAACAAAGCAAAAAGCAAUUGCAGCAGCAACAGCAACAACACAACAGGAGGAAGUGUCCUGGGAGGAUUGGGUGCAGGAAGAUCGCCGCCGUACGACCGUUAGGCCAACUGCCGACCCAACUGCCGAACCGGGCUCCAAGUCAGCCAGGCGGCCAUCCAGGCUUCGUACCCGUGGCUCCAGCGGCGGCGGUGACGACGGCGGCAAGGAUGACGGCGAGCGUGACGAGGGCUUCACCAUUAGCGGUGGUAGCAAGGGAGGGAUCCGAAACCGUGGUGAAGACAGCAGCUCACAUCGCAGCCGCCAGCGCAGCAGGAACCGCAGUAACGCACAAGAAGGCGGUGUCGAUGCCGAACCCCAUGCCGCUGCUGCAGGCGGUUCUAGCGCCAGCGCAAACACGGCAGACGGCCGCCAGCGCCUUGACGCUGUACGGCAAGAUGUACAACAGGAUCGCAGGCAGGGCAGCAUUUCCGGCAGCAGCAGGUGGGGCAGGGAUAGGGGCAGUAGCGGCAGCGGUGCCGCUCGUGCCCUGAACCAGCAGCUGCAGGGUGCCGGGAGCUGUCAGGAGCUGCUGCGGGUGCUUCAGGAGCUGCAGGGGCAGCAGCAGGACCAUGAGGGGGGUGAUGAUGACGCCGCCCAAGACAGUGACGCCCAAGACGAUGAGGAGGACGAGGACGGCAGCGGUGCGAAGGGAACAGAAGCACCAGCAGCAGCGGCACCUGCCGCCCUGACGCCUGUCAACGUCGCCAGCGCCUGGGUUCGAUUGGCGAACCUUCGGACCUCAGCUGCCUUCAGCAGCGGCAGCGGUGGCGAAACGUACGGCAGGGGUGCUGACGGCGGCGGCGCCGCUGACGCCGAUGCUGAGAGUACGGUGGAGGGCGCUGCGUGCGCCUCCGUCAUUCGGCUGCUGCUGGGCCCUACGGUGGCGGCGGUGGCGCAGAUGGACUUGCGGCAGGCGGCGAACACGGUGUGGGCGGUUGCAAAGCUCGAGCAACAAGUGGCUUCAGCCACAUCGCCGCCCGCUCGCAGCGGCAAACGUCGCGGUAGUUUUGGAGCCGGAGGCAGCGGAGGCGGUGGAAGGUCAAGAGUCGGACGCCUACCCGAGUUGCUACAGCCGCUGCAACGACGAGUGCUUGAACUGCUACAGCCGCUGACUGAAAAGCCGAAAGCUGCUGCUACAGCCUCCGCGGAGAAACACGCUGGGAAGGGCCGUACUGCUGCACUGCUAGAUCUGCGUGACGCCGCUCAGCUCUGGUACGGCGUCGCUACAACAGUACGACACACAUGGGACGAGCAGUUGGUUUCGGAGCUCGUAGAGGCGACAUUGCGGAAGAUGGAGGCGGUGGUUGCGAGCAACGACAACAGCGACAGCACUGCUGCAGCUGAAACAAGGACGACAAGGGCGGCAGAAAACGGCAGCGGCAGGUACAGUCGCCGUCCGGAUGGCGACGACCGCAGCGCGAACGAGGAUCCCGACAGCAGUAGCAGCAGCAGCUGUAGUACGGCAUCCUUCAAGGAACGUACGGCAGUGGCUCAGCUUAUCUUCCGCAUGGGCGCUCUAGUGGGGCCCAACUUGGUUUCGGAACAUAAGGCCCGCCUAACCGCCCUCGUCGACAUCCUAUCCCGCGACCUCGCGGUGUCACCAGCUGCUGCUGCUGUUGAGGGCGCUGCUGCCUCCGGCCUUGCAUCAUCGACUUCAUCCUCUCCCUCCUCCUCCUCGCCAGCGCGACUGGACAACCCAGACUGCCUCCUAACAGGAGCUCGUCUCAUGCGCCUCAGUCUGCCGCCGGAGACUGUACGACAACUGCACGACGCCACGCUGGCGUUGCCUCCUGCGGCAGCGGCACGUGUGGGCCGUACGGCAAUGGCUCGCGCCCUUCACAGUGCCGUACAGAUGGGUUUGCAGCCCAGCCUGGCGGAGGCGAAACGCUGGCAGCGGCGGCUGGUGGCGGAGUUCAGUUCCGCUGGUGGCGCCAGGUGGCGUAGCUCGGACCUCUCUUGGACCAUGCUGGCCCUGUCUGGGGUGGAGGCUUACGUGCCGGACCCGGCAGCGCGAGAUGGAAUGGUCCGUGCGGUGUGCGGUGCGUUACGUGAGGCUCGCGCGAAUGAUGCGACGCGCAUUCGCGCGGCGGUUACGGCAUGGGGGCUGCGGUUGCCGGAGCGAGAGAGGGCGUUGUUGGCGCAGAAGGCUGGGGCGGAGGAGGAGGCCGACGUCGAGGGUGG